AUGCAGCAAUACCCGACUCAGUUCAACUACCCCAUCAGUCACAACCACUAUGUGAAGCAGACAGGAAAUCAAACUGCAAGCUCCACUUCAAACCAGCAGGCAAACUGGCACAGCCAGCAUGCCCAGCGAGGAGGAAACCAGACAACAGGAGCCCAUUUCAACCACCAAGCAAGUUCAACCACCAAGUUUGGACACCAACAGCAUGGUGUUACCAUGCAGAAUGGAAUGUACGCUCCACAGACUGGUUACCAUGGAAAUGGAUCUUGUGGAACAUCCUUGAGACAUCAGGAUUCCAGAACCAUUUCUUCGGAAUACUGUAACAUUGCCAGUGGAUACAACAUGGUGUCAGAUGGCAACAAGAACUUCCAGAGGACACAACCAGCUACUGCAACACAGCAGAUAACAUCUUCAGCAUCCUCUGUGACUCAUUAUGUACCUGUUCAGAUGUAUGUUGUCCAGAACAACCCACAGCAGAAUCUGAACACACCAAGCAAUGGAUUACAACUGACCGGUCAAGGCCAGGUGAAUUUCAACAGCACCAACAAACCAUCACACCCAGUUCAGACAUCAUUUCAGCCAUCAAGCAGUCAACAUCUUGCCAUCUCUCAACAUCAGCCUUCGAACUCCACUGAGGCAAAACAAAUGCAACAGCAGCACGGUACCCAAAGGAAUAACAGGUCAAGCAAAGGCCAAGCUGUGCAACCCACACAUAACAGUGGAAUGAGACAGAAAAUGGUACGUGGUACGUGGAGACAGAAAGCAGUACAAGCCUCCUCAUCAGCCAUGGGUGCACCUCAGUCAAGUUUCCCCAGCGCCAAUGACCAGAUGUUGAAAGGAAACCCUACAUUGCUGACUGCUAACGAGACUGCUCCACAGACACAGACGACCACAAACACAGACUCAGGCACAGGCUUGGCCUUUACUCUUGGCACGGUGAGAGAAUUUUUGGCGUUCUUGGAACCGAGAGAGAAAACGCCAGAGAGAAAAGACAAUACACAAGACUUUGCACGCACAAUACUUGAUCUCUAUUGGGGUGGAGAUUAUCACAACUACAUCGUCACAGAACAAAAAGGCACCUUCGACAAAAUCUUAACAAAGGCUACAAAGUUUGCAGCUGAGGAAGACAAGGUGGUGUUUUAUGGCAUGAAGACGGACUUUUUGAAUCGGCUGGCAAGCGUGUACAACAGUACUGCCAGUGAUGUCACCAUGGAAACUAGGAAGUCGUCCUGGAGAAAUGUGAGUGACGAAUCACUGGACAUAGACAAGGAAUUGGCAGAUGGAGAUUUUAUGAAGGAAACCUUUCCAUCAAUCCUGGAGAACAUGAAGAAACAACAUCCCUAUCUCGGUAACAUCCAGCCUGAAAAAGAAAACAAAGACAGCACUGACAUCCAGAAAAUCACAAUUGACUCAUCGAAAGACUUUGUACAAAUGUGUAAUAACAGCCAGGAUUUGGACAAUGUAAAAUCACCCCAGACUGUUGAUGCAGAUAGCACAGAUGCUGAGGUAGACACCUCUUCGCCAUGUGAACUUAAAGCUGAACAGUCCCGGACAUCUGACCAUCCUGGCAGUCCAGGCGAAGCCAUAUUGUCCUUGGAGAUCUCUGUGUCAGUGGAUGAGCAAAGUUGUCUGUCACAGCUGAUGGGCAAAGAGUCAUCCUUAAUUUGCCUCAAGACUAGCAACAAGAAAGAAAACUGCACUCUGGAGCACCAGCAAGAUCUGCACCAGGACAACAGACAUCCUACUGACAGACCAUGCCCCUCCAAACAUCAGGUGCAAGGUGAUGUCAUGAAAGACUGUCGGGUAGUGCUGAAGAGGGUUGCUCUCCCUAAAUUACAGAUUCCCACUCCAACCCUGUCACUCAGUGGAAUUAAAUCCAGCUCCCCCAUCUCCCCAUCUGCUCCCAUGAAGAAAAGUUCGACUGAGACAGAGAAGCGAUCAAGUUCUACAGAGACUGAGGGAGGACAUGGGGUAAAAAGGCCAAGACAGUGUGUUGGAAAAGCCAGCAGCAUCAGCCAACCACCGCCCUCCAAGAAAUGUAAAACUGGAUUUUCCAAAGACACCACAAAUGAGCCCACCAGAACAAGACAUUGGACUGGAAGUCCCAUCUCUGCUUCAAGACAGAGCUCUCGGAAAUCUUCAGUGAUUUCAUUAAGUCCAGUGGCACCAGCAUCCAGAGAUGACGUCAAGAAAAGGAAAGCAACUUUGAGGUUAUACGGAGCCCAAAAAGUUGAUGCCAAGGACAAGAUCAGAAAGGCAAAGUAUUACACAGACUGUAGCCGAGAUUCUCCACCUGUACAUUCCAUCUUCUACUCUCCUAAGAAGAGUUCUGCAAGAGAUAAAAUCAUGCAAAGCUGGGAGGGCAGUCUUGUUACCGCAACCAGAGGGAGGAGAAGAGACACUGACAUGUCUAGAAGGUGCUGCUAAGAUGACUUGGGAAAUGGCAACGGAGUCAACAGAAAUCUUCAGCAUUACGAACAAAGUGCAAUUGCAUCUUCAAGAUGUGCAAUGACCAGAAUUGUAUCAGGAUAUUGUGAUAUCUGCAUACAAUGUCCUCUUCACAUCUAAUGUCUUGUUCAAACUGGUGUUUUGUCUCGUGGUGGCCUUCCCCAGCACUUUACUGUGUUGUUACCUCAUAUGCAGCAUGUUGUUGCACCUGUCUUUACAAGCCCUAAGAUCAAGGUUCAAUUGUGUUUUAAUUCUUAAUUGCAUGUACAGUAUAUAUAUCUUUACAUUGACGGUGUCUUUUGUAUUUUUUUUUCAAAUAAAGCAAUGCAUGUGCAGUACAAAUUGUUUGGAAUUGGUGUCUUGCCAUUUUUUCAACGUGUGAUAUGUAUGGUCAGGAGUGAUCUGGUGAUUGUAUGUUGUUUUAUGGACAUUUUCCUGAACGGGAGAUACAGUAUAUGCAUAUAUGGCCAAUAUACAGAAUGAGAGACAUAUACCGGUAUAUCAAUAUCCUGAUUGGGAGAGGAGCACAUUCCAGGUGGAUGGGGCAUCAGGC